AUGGCUAAGUUUAGUUUUCUUUUACUGGCUGGUUGGGCUGUAAAGUUGGCUGCGGCAAAGGAUGUAUACCUCGACUGGAACGUCACUUGGGUCAAUGCUGCUCCUGAUGGAUUUGAACGUCCUGUCAUUGGCAUCAACGGCCAAUGGCCAUGCCCUCAAAUUGAUGUGGAUGUCGGUGAUCGCUUGAUCGUCGACGUGUACAAUGAUCUAGGAAAUCAAUCUACAGGUAUUCACUGGCAUGGCUUCCACCAGUAUCAUUCAGGUGUCAUGGACGGUGAUAGUCAGGUUACCCAGUGCCCGCUGGCACCUGGACUUCGCAUGCAGUAUCAUUUCGAUAUUAAUCAAACUGGAACUUACUGGUACCACUCGCACAACAUGGGACAAUACCCUGAUGGUUUCCGUGGUCCAUUGAUCGUGCAUGAUCCCAAGGCACCCUUCCAGUACGAUGAUGAAUUUACCAUCACUCUGACGGACUGGUAUCAUGAACAGAUGGCCGACCUUCUGGCGGACUACCAGUCCGAGAAGGAUGGAGCCGCCUUUGAUGGUCAUGAGCCUCUACCGCACUCAGCUUUGAUCAAUGAUUCCAACGAAACUAAGAUCAAGGUUGAACCUAACAAGACCUACUUGGUUCACAUUGUCUGUGUUGGUAAUUGGCCUGGUCAUACUUGGGUGUUCGAUGGUCAUGAGAUGACAGUAGUCGAAGUUGAUGGCGUCUAUGUUGAGCCCUAUCUCGCUGGUGAUAAGUUCUUCCGCAUCGCAACUGGACAGCGCAUGAGCGUUUUGAUCCACACGAAGAACGACACUAGCCAGAACUUUGCUAUCUGGGACACCAUGGAUAUCAACAUGAUGUUUAUCUUUGAAAACCGUACUAUCCCCGAUGGCUACAACCCCAACGCUACCGCGUGGCUUGUGUACGAUGAAUCGAAGCCGCUGCCAGCAGCCCCUGUUUUUUCAGAGUUCGAAUUCAUUGACGAUCUUGACUUUGUCCCUCUGGAUAAGGGAGCCCUUCUCGAGCCUGUGCAGCACCAGAUCAUCAUCGACUCUUUCUCUGCUAACAUUGACGGUAUUCCUCGGUUCACUGUCAACAACAAGACAUACUUGCCCCCGAAAGUUCCCACCUUGUAUACUGCCAACACCAUUGGUCCCGAGUUUGCUUCCAACCCCGAUGUAUAUGGCCAGGUCAAUCCAUUCGUGGUCAAGUAUGGUGAAGUCGUUGAGAUUGUGAUUAACAACCAUCACGGCAACUUGCACCCGUGGCAUUUGCACGGCCACGAGUUCCAGGUUCUGCAGAGAUCAGCCGUUGACGGAGGUUAUUUCACCGGUCAAUAUGUCAAUGUUUCCCAGACGCCUGUUCGUCGUGAUACAAUCAUGGUCCAGAACCAUGGCCAUGUCGUUCUUCGUUUCCGUGCCGACAACCCUGGAGUUUGGCUGCUUCAUUGCCAUAUCGAGUGGCAUGUCGAGGCUGGUCUGAUGGCAACCAUUAUCGAGGCUCCAGAGACUUUCCCCGGAACUCAGCAUGCUCCUCCCAAGAGUCACUACGAUGCCUGCGCUGCCUACCCUGAUCCCACCAACGGCAAUGCUGCAGGAAAUGCGGGGCUUGAUUUGACCGGUCUUGAUACUAAGGUCCCUACCGUGGAUCAUGGCGCCAUGUAUACCCCACCCUCCCCUACGACAUCUGUGUCUACCGAGGAUGAUUCUACUUGGGCUACACCUCCCCCUGCUUCAACAAAGACGUCUAGUACCACUGAGAAGGUCCCGCCUACUCUAACAACUACCACGUCUAGUGCUACAAAGCAGGCACCACCCCCGCCUGCUCACACCUCUUCAUCCCUGCAGCCUGCGGCCCCUCAGUCGAUUACAACCCAGAAACCUCAUGGGGCCAAGCCAAGUGCAACUGAGCCUGCUACUCAGGCACCUGCUCCUAAGCCUACUACAGAGGAAACCCCCGCGCCCAAGCCGACUGUCUCUCAACCUGCCCCUGAGCAAGUAGCUCCUAGCCAACCCAGUGCUAACGAGGAAGUUGUGCCCAAGCCAACUGUUGUCCCUAAGCCUGAAUCUGAAGGAAUUGUUCCUGUUAUUCCUACAGUCCUAGUGCCGUUUGCUACUGUUCCUAAUCCCAAGCCCGUUCAGCCUACUACUUCCGACGAAUGGGCUUUCCCCACCGCAGAGGCUGCGACACCAGACGAUGGGAAUUAUGGAGUUGUUUCUGGUUAUCCUGAUUUCAACGGUGUGCCUCAAGAUGCUCCCGAGGGCGAGACUAUUGCCGCAGACUCCGAGGAAACCAAGGGACCAUCGUCUCAAUCGCAAACCGAUAAGAGCCAUGCCCAAGAUGGCGACACCACUGCUGAUUCUCAAGAUUCAAAGGGAAACUGGCCUUCUCCCAACACGGAUAAGUCCGAUGCCCACGUUGGCGGCGGGCACGGUGAUAAGCCCAUUCAAGCACACAAUGAGGAUACCAAGGGACUGUGGCCUAACGGUUAUACCAAUGAUGGCUAUGUCGUUAAUGGUGGCCACAAAUACCAGACUCAUGACUCUGGGUAA